AUGAUAAACAUAUCGGAAACGUUAGCCACACUGGCCAACAGUUCACCACUGGCCAAAACAUCAGUAGAGCACUUGCACACGUGUGGCCAGAGAUUAUUAGAUGGUGGUAUUGAACAAUUGGGCUGGAUGUUUUAUCUAAUAUCACCAAACAAAUCAUUAUUUAAUACACCACACGAAGUGCCCAAUUAUGAAGUUCAGAUUUUUCCAAUAUUUACUCUAUUUAUGGUUAUCGAGCAAAUCAUACGGUUUUUUCAACGCAAACGUGCGUCAAGAGUGACGGAUAUACUCAUCAAUUUAGGCGCCGGACUCUUGUUUGUCGUCGCGAGAGUUUUACUAUUGGGCACUGUUUUGAGUAUAUUUUACUUUUUAUACGACAACUAUCGUAUCGUUGAUCUGCCGCCGACCUGUAUAUCGACGUGGUUUUUGUCACUAUUGCUCAUUGAGUUUGUCUAUUAUUGGGUUCAUCGAUCACUACACGAGAUCAACAUAUUCUGGGCCAGUCAUCAGUUUCAUCACAACGCCGUAGACAUAGAUGUGUCCACCACAUUGAGGGACACCCUAAUAGAUCUCGUUAUUUAUGAAUUUUUUCCAAUACCGUUAGCCCUAAUUAUACCGCCACCCAUACUACUGGUACACAUGCAGUUUUCACUCAUCUAUCAGGUAUGGCUUCACACAGAGAUAGUCAGCCAUUUGGGACCACUUGAGUACAUCAUUAAUACUCCUCGUCAGCACCGGGUUCAUCACGGAAAGAACCCGUACUGUAUUGAUAAAAACUAUGGGGCACUCAUCAUGAUAUGGGACCGUGUAUUUGGCACCUAUCAGGCCGAGGAAGAAAAAAUAGCUUUUGGCACCACUGCUGAACCAUAUAAGACAUUUGAUUCAACAACUCUUCAGUUUUACUAUUAUUAUGACAGUGUUUGGACCAAAUUCAAGCAAAUGCAAGGCUUCGGCAAUAAAAUGAAGGCAUUAUUUUAUGGUCCGGGAUGGGCACCGGGCAAACCACGGUGUGGUUUACUAUCAGACAUACCUGAUGUGGACCCCUUUGCCCCACUGGAGCGCUAUGACCCUCCCAUAGCUACGUGGAAAUUAUUAUAUUGUAUGGUUCACGGCUUUUUGGUGGCAUUAGGUUUCUAUGUAGUCACUGAUCACCCGUUGAUCCGGUACUCGCAUAUCAAUUUAAUGAUACUCUUUAUCUAUAUUAUACUAACAUUGACCGCUUUUGGUACAAUAUUUGAUGGAAGACCAAUGGCUCCAAUUGUCGAAACGGGUCGUUGUAUACUAUUUUUCCUGUUCGACACAUACAUUGUCAGCUCAUGGAUGGAUAGUUCGCUUUCACCACAAUUUCGCGGACUCACUGAAUCUGUGUUCAUAAUUAUCCGAAUUUUACACUUCAUGUCUAUUGUUCUCUGGCUAAUGGUUUGGCUGAACAGUACAAACAAACGAUGCAAAGAAACCCACGACAAGAUGUCACUCAUGAAAGAAGACAAGUAUAUCGAUAGCUAUACGUUGGAGAAGAAUAGUCCGACACAGAGAGGUCUUGUCAUCCGUCGUAUGGUUUUCCUUAGCGCAGGAUUUUUCUCUUUCUUUGCGAUGUUUUUUGUAUUUUCUCUUCGUUAUGAUGAGUGCACACACUUUCUAACCCUAAAUAAAGUCGAUUUAUAA